GGAUGCGGGUGAAGAUGGAGGAGGCGGAGGUGUUUAGCGGACGGAGAGAUGCGGAUUAUGGGUGUUAGGGAUUGAACCUAAAGACAGGAGGAAGCCGAGGACAAAACGGGUGUCUUUUUUCUUUUAGAUAUUUAAAAUGCGUUGUAGCAAAACGUGGACUGAAUUGAUUUGGGAAAUUCAUCCCGGAGAAGACGAAGCCAGGCUUGACAUCGGAGCAUCGGAGGACAUUCUAACCUGUUAUAGGGAAUAUUCUGCAUCAGGAGGGAAAGAUGGAAAGCGAGAAAAAAGCAGCGACAAGUCGCGUGGACUGAUUUAUACAUUUUAAAUCAACAAAUAGUUUUUUUUUUUUUUCACUUUAAGAUUAAAACCAAAACCUUUAAAUCAAAUGCAAACGCCCUAGUUCCAAAAUAAACAACCGCAGAAUUAUUAUUAAUCCUAGCACUAAUAAUGAACACGCCUUGGCACACAUGUCUCCUCCUGGGCUGGAGCAUUUCCGCCGUGUUUGCAGCUGCAGAUCCCGGAGCACCGCGCGCGAGCUCUGUGCUGCUGCGCGUGCCCGUGCGCAAAGGCCCCGAGCGCGCUCCCGCCGCACACGGUCCGCAUGUUCGGAAACCGAGAGCCACCGGGGGCGUUAAUUUCGUUGACAUGGUGGAUAACCUCCGGGGCAAGUCAGGACAGGGCUACUACGUGGAGAUGGCGGUGGGAACGCCGCCUCAGAAGUUGAACAUCCUGGUUGAUACGGGGAGCAGUAAUUUUGCAGUUGGAGCUGCAGCUCACCCGUUCCUACGUCGAUACUACCAUCGCUCUCUAUCUGUCUCAUACAAGGACCUGGGUCGAGGUGUGUAUGUGCCGUACACUCAAGGGCGCUGGGAAGGAGAGCUGGGCACAGAUGUGGUAUCAGUCCCUCAUGGUCCCAAUGUCACACUGAGGGCCAACAUCGCAGCCAUCACCCAAUCAGAUCGCUUCUUCAUCAACGGCUCUAACUGGGAGGGUAUCCUCGGCCUGGCUUAUGCUGAGAUUGCCAGGCCUGAUGAGAAUCUCGAGCCCUUCUUUGACUCUCUGGUGAGGCAGACGAGUGUUCCGAACCUGUUCUCCCUGCAGCUCUGUGGAGCCGGAUUCACUCAGAACUACAGCCUGGGCAGUGCCACUGUGGGAGGCAGUAUGAUCAUUGGAGGGAUUGACCCUUCACUUUAUGUGGGAGAUGUGUGGUACACUCCGAUUCGUCGUGAAUGGUAUUAUGAGGUCAUCAUUGUCCGCAUCGAGGUCAACGGACAAGAUCUCAACAUGGACUGCAAAGAGUAUAACUACGAUAAGAGCAUCGUCGACAGCGGCACCACAAACCUGCGUCUGCCUCGCAAAGUGUUCCAGGCAGCUGUAAAGGCCAUCGAAGCAGCUUCUUCAACCGAGCAGUUUCCUUCAGGCUUCUGGCUGGGUGAGCAGUUAGUCUGUUGGCAGGCUGGAACCACGCCCUGGCACAUCUUUCCUGUCAUUUCUCUCUAUUUGAUGAGUGAAAACCACAAUCAGUCCUUUCGCAUCUCCAUUCUGCCCCAGCAGUAUCUCAGGCCUGUAGAGGACGUGGCCUCAGCGCAGGAGGACUGCUACAAGUUCGCUGUGUCACAGUCAAGCACAGGGACUGUCAUGGGGGCCGUCAUCAUGGAGGGCUUCUACGUCGUAUUCGACCGUGAUCAUAAACGGAUUGGCUUUGCCGUCAGCACGUGUCAUGUUCAUGAUGAGUUCCGCACAGCGUCGGUGGAGGGCCCAUUCCACGGAGUAGAGCUCGAGGACUGCGGCUACAACGUGCCCCAGACAGAUGAGUCCACCCUAAUGACCAUCGCCUAUGUCAUGGCGGGAAUCUGCGCCCUCUUCAUGCUGCCUCUCUGCCUCAUGGUGUGCCAGUGGCGCUUCGCACGCUGCCUGCACCCACCAGGCUCGGGCGAUUUUGCAGAUGACUUAAAUCUCCUAAAAUGAGCCAUACUUUCAGCAUCUUCAGUCUAAACUGGGCCACUGCUGGGACCGUAUUAAGAGUUUGAUAAGAGGAUCAGAAACGAUGUGAUGGUGUACUGUAUAUAGGUUAAUGCAUCUAUGCGGCAUGUGGUUGGACUGUUGUGAUAAGGGGAUUUAAAAUAUUUCGACUUGAUGGUCCCAUCUUAUUUAGUGUUUCAAGUGUGGACAGCCAUGUUGAGGCUUACUAAGUGUAUAAUCUCUAUAAAAAAUGAGUGUGUGUACGUGUGAUUAAGAGCUCUUACGAUGUCAUAACCUUUACUAAAACCCAAACCUUGAGAUAAUGAUGUGCAAUUUCUGAUUAUUUGUAAUUUAUAACGCCAGCCUUUUAAAAGGAACUUACACAUUUACUAACUACAGAGAGAACCUGCUAUUAUGAACAUAUUAUGAAAGCUUUCAAAGAUGAACAUUUAUUUUAAAGGUCUGUUUAUGGAAAAAGCUUAUCUAUGUAACAAAAUGCUCUUUGUAUUUGCUGUUAUUUUAUUGACUGUGAAGCUGAGUAGUAGUUUUGUGCUGGCUUACCGUGUGACAUAUGGGAUUAUAUGCGUGCGCACAUGCGCGCACACACUAAUCUAUUAAUAUAAAUGUAUUUUUUACAUUUACAGAUGCAUACUCAUACAGAAGCACACCUGACCCAUAACUAGCAUUCAGAUAGCCCAUAAUCCCUCUAAGAAGGCAUAUGAUAUGAUACAUGCAAAGUUUGGAAUUGCCUAUGCAGUAAAAUAUAUUAUGUUAUUGUAGUAACAUAAGGUAUUUGUCAUGUACAUUAUAUUUAUGUUAAAUAAUAUGUUAUGUCAAGCUAGAUGCACUCCAUUCAAUGCAAGUCAGUUCUUAUACAGACACUUGUUUUAACAUUUACUGAAAUGUCUUUUUUUUACAUGAAUUAUACUGAACUAUGCUGAAAUUCUAUAGGAGGAUUCAAAUUGGUUUUCUGUACUUUGUGUUUUCAUACAAAGCACUAUCCAACAUGUACUGAAUACAAAUUCAAAUCUGACUCUUCUGUGCGUUCUGGUCUGAAAUCUCUAAUAUCAACAAGAUACAAAUCCCAAUCAAGUCAUUCCUUGUUUUCUCAUCUUGUACAUCAUGUUAAACGACCUGGUCUCCUGGCCUGAAACUGGAAACUGUAAUAUUGAAUAAAAGCU